AUGUGUGUUGCGCUGCUGAGCCUGUCCUGUUGCCCCUCCACAUCGACAGCGAGCGUUUCUUACCCAAAAACUCUGCCGUGUGAUGUUCGUGAGCCCCACAACGGGAGCUUUGUGACGGUGGACUGCACGGAAAGAAGCCUCAAAGAUGUCCCACUUGGCAUCCCCAGAGACACGACCAAUCUGACACUCACCAUCAACCACAUUCCUCAAUUAAACUCCACCUCCUUCCGCGGCCUGGAGAAUCUGACUGAGAUUGACAUGAGGUGCAACUGUGUGCCCAUUAAAAUCGGGCCCAAGGACCGCAUGUGCACUCAGAGUGUGGUAAUAAAAGAAGACACUUUCACCAGCCUGAGGAAGCUGCGAGCACUGUAUCUAGAUGGCAAUCAGCUGGGCAGUAUACCUAAAGGCCUCCCUCCAAACCUGAUCCUGCUGAGUUUGGAAGUGAACCGAAUUUAUGAGAUUUUUAAAGCGAACCUCUCUGGGAUCAGAAAUAUUCAGAUGCUAUACCUCAGUCAAAACUGCUACUACCGCAACCCAUGUAACACUUCCUAUUUUAUAGAGAAUGGUGCAUUUUUACAGCUGAGUAAUUUAACACUGUUAUGUCUGAAGUCAAAUAACUUAUCCUAUAUUCCACAUCUUCUUCCCACAAGUCUGAAGGAGCUGUACCUCUACAACAACAACAUUCAAAAUGUUACAGAUGAGGAUUUUAAAAACCUAACUAACCUGGAGAUUUUAGAUAUUAGCGGAAACUGUCCUCGAUGUUACAACGCUCCUUACCCUUGCAACCCGUGCCCAAAUAAUUCCCCGCUUGAAAUCAGCAAGGCGGCUUUUAAAAUGCUUACAAAACUAAAGACGCUGCGGCUGCACAGUAACUCUCUGACGUGUGUGCCGUCUGAGUGGUUUACGAGCCUGACGGAGCUGAGAGUGCUUGAUCUCUCACAGAACUUUUUAGCCAGAGAGAUAGGAAUGACCAAAUUCCCACAUUUCCUGGGCAAACUGGAGGAACUUGACCUUUCAUUUAACUAUGAGCUUCAGAAGUACCCCCAAACACUGAGGCUGAGCUGCAGUUUCUCCUCCCUCAAAUCCCUUCGAAUUCUUAGACUGAAGGGCUUUGUGUUUCAGCAGCUAACACCAAAGAGCAUUGCUCCUUUAAAAAACCUUACACACUUGGAGGUUGUAGAUCUUGGUACAAACUUUAUUAAAAUAGCAAAUCUUAGUACUCUGAUGGAAUUAAAAAGCUUUAAAAUAAUCAGUCUGGCUGGCAACAAAAUAUCUUCCCCCUCCGACGGCCAAGAUGCUGUGGGUUCAGCUGGGGCAGAGCCCUUGUACUGGUCUCCCAUGUUGGCGUCAGCUCAGUAUCAAAGUAAGGAAGUGAGAGAGAUUCAUUACUUCAGAUAUGAUGAAUAUGCACGCAGCUGCAAAUACAAAGACAAAGAACUGGGAACUGUCACAUCAUUUGUUAAAAAGAAAUGCAGUGAGUUUGGCAAAACCCUAGAUGUGAGCGGAAACAACAUAUUCUUCCUCCAUUCAAGAUUUUUAAAUCUUAGAGAGCUGCGGUGCCUAAAUCUGUCCGGAAACGCAAUGAGCCAAAGUCUGAACGGCUCUGAAUUUAGCUACUUGACUAAUUUACAAUAUCUAGACUUCUCCUCAAACCGACUGGACCUGCUCUACUCCACCGCGUUCCAAGAGCUGAAAAAUCUGGUUGUCUUGGAUAUAAGUAGCAACAACCAUUACUUUGAGUCCGAGGGCUUGACUCACAUGCUUAAUUUCACAAAAAAUCUGAAAAAUCUAAAAAUAUUGCUUAUGAACCACAACAAGAUCUCCACCUCCACAAACACAGAGAUGGAGAGUCAAUCCCUCGAGAGGUUAGAGUUCAGAGAUAACCGGUUAGAUGUGUUGUGGAGAGACGGGGACACACGGUACGCUAGUUAUUUCAAGAAAUUAUACAAUCUGACCGUCCUCGACAUCUCUCGCAACAACCUCCACUUUAUUCCAAAGGAAGUGUUCAGCGGUCUGCCAGAAAAACUAACUGAGCUCCACAUCCGAGACAACAAACUCAAAGAUCAGGCCUUUGACUGGGAGAAACUACUAUAUCUACGCUAUUUAGAAGUCUUAGAUCUCAGUGCAAACAGCUUCACUUCAGUUCCACCCCAGCUGUCAAACUGUGCCAAAUCUCUCAAAAAGCUCCUUUUACAUAAAAAUCAAAUUGUAAAACUCACGCCAGAUUUCCUCAAGGAUGCCUUCACUUUAAAACAUCUGGAUCUCAGUUAUAAUCUCAUAGAGCACAUUGAGGAAUCUAGCUUUCCAGAUAAUGUCGUUAAUCAGAUGGACAUGCUGCUCCUGCACCGGAACACAUUCAUAUGCUCUUGCAACGCCACUUGGUUUGUCAAAUGGCUCAUCAACACCACAGUGCGCAUCCCCAGACUGGCCACGGAUGUUACAUGCGACCGCCCCGGGGCUCAAAAAGGUCAUCCUGUGAUCUCAGUGGACCUGCAGGCCUGCCAGCACAGCUACCUGUCAAUCAUCCUCUACACCCUCAUGACAUCCCUCUUCCUCAGCUUCCUCACCCUGUCAAUCUGCAGCCAUCUCUUCCUGUGGGACGUCUGGUACAUCUACCACUUCUGCAGGGCAAAGCUCAAAGGCUACGGCCGCCUGUACUCCCAGUGCUCCGCCUAUGAUGCCUUUGUGAUAUACGACAAGGAGGAUCCGGCGGUGACGGAGUGGGUGGUGAAGGAGAUGUGCGCUCAUCUGGAGGACCAGGGAGACCGCCGACUGACGCUGUGUCUGGAGGAACGGGACUGGAUGCCCGGAUGCCCCCUGAUCGAAAACCUCUCCCAGAGCAUCCACAACAGCAAGAGGACCGUGUUCAUUCUCACCAGCAGAUACAUGAAGAGCGGAAACUUCAAGACGGCUUUCUACAUUGCCCACCAAAGGUUAAUGGACGAGAAGGAUGAUGUUAUUGUGCUGAUCUUCCUGGAGAAAGUACCCUGCAAUUCAAAGUACCUGAGAUUAAGAAAGAGACUGUAUAAACGCUCCGUGCUGGAGUGGCCGAAAAACCCUCAGGCCCAGUUGUACUUCUGGUUCAGCCUGAGGAGUGUUUUAGCCACUGAAAGCCACAAACAAUACAACAGCCUUUUCAAAGAGACACUGUAGAAAUAGCAUAGUGUUAUACUUACUUCCUCCACUAAUUGAAUGUUUCUGGUAUUGUGAACUUUGAACAAUCUUCUAUUUAAAUGCGAGCAAAACAAACCUAUUGUAAUGUUAAUGUAUUUGAAUUGUGUGCUUUUUUUUUAUUCCCUGUUUACUGUCAGGGAAAGGGGAACUUGCUGCCACUCUCUGCCAUCUCCGCAGAGAAUUAUAGUUUUCAUUUUGUCUGAGAUGGCAACAAAACUGACAAGUUAUCAUGAAAAGGGGAAAUGAAACAGAAGUACUUCUUCAAUUCACAUGCAACUUCUGUACCAGA